GCCUUGGUGAUCCACGGCGUUCACGAGAAAGGCUACCUGGAAUUUAUAGCGCAAAAGAGACGGAGGCAAUGCGGAAAUAGAUGGACAGUUCAUGUCACCGAGUUUGCAUCCCACUCCCAGGCUGAGGAUCUGAGAGUUUGCGGGGGUUGCAAUUAAGUGACAAGAAUUAUUUUUAUUUUCCUUUCUUUUCCUCAGCGCUUGAAAUUACCAGCUUUAAACUACACUUCACGGGGGAUUUGAAGCAUUCUUUUGCAUUUGACAUUGGGCUGAGAAGAAAACAGAUUAUACCUGAGGAUCAAAGCAACACUUUUUUUCUUGUGAGCAUCAACAUGGACGUGUUGGCGAAUUACAGUAUUUUUCAGGAACUUCAGCUGGUGCACGACACGGGCUACUUCUCGGCGAUGCCGUCGCUGGAGGAGAACUGGCAGCAGACAUGUCUGGAACUGGAGAGGUACCUACAGACGGAGCCCAAAAGGCUUUCGGAGCUCUUCGAUGAGGAGCUCGACUGCCUCCUUACGCCAGCUUUCAUGAAGGGAGACAGCGACGAGGACCUGAUGGACCCCCUGCUGCCCAGUUUAUCCGAUGAGCCCAGCCCAGCACCUCUGCUUGUAUCCCUACCCAAAAACCUUCAUGCCCCAGCCAACACCAAGAAUACCGAAGCAGGGCUGAAAGAAGCCAGCGGAGGGGUUAAUCCCGCCCAGCUAAACGCAGUCACGUCCCUCACGCCACCUUCCUCUCCGGAAUUGGGACGCCAUCUUGUCAAGCCUACGCAGACUCUUACCGCCACAGCCGAUGGCACGCUCACGCUAAAAUUGGUGGCCAAGAAAGUCGGUCUUGGGGCGGCAAAGCUGGUGGCGACACAUUCGCUACCCUCGCCACCAAACCGCGGCACACAGAGCGACGGAGAGGGAGCACUGGGAACGGUAGGCGGAGGGGACAUUCCGGAGAACAAAAAGAGGGUCCAUCGUUGCCAGUUUAAUGGAUGUAGAAAGGUUUACACAAAAAGCUCCCACCUAAAGGCACACCAGAGGACACAUACAGGUGAGAAGCCUUACAAAUGCUCCUGGGAAGGUUGUGAAUGGCGUUUCGCACGAAGCGAUGAACUGACGAGGCACUACCGCAAACACACUGGUGCCAAACCUUUCAAGUGCAACCACUGCGACAGAUGUUUUUCCAGGUCUGAUCAUUUGGCUUUGCACAUGAAGCGACAUAUCUAAUGCCGAGGGAGAUGGGAGAGAGAGAGUGAGAGAAAACGAGUGAGAACGAAGAGGAGAACAGGUGUGCACCGCCCAGACAGGAACAUUUACAACAGACUUUGAGUGCACAUGAGGGGUCUGGCCGCAAACAUCACCAGGAGGAACAUGCGAGGCAGAGUGGGCAAACGUUGUUGGAUUCUAAAUGUCUAAAAGCCUUUUCAUCAGCGAUUAGCCAUGCCUUACCGAGUGCUAGCUUGGAGGUCAGACACUGCCAAACACCACCAUUUUUUUCCAUCAUUCUCUUUGUGUACAGUAAAUCAACCAAUAGCAUGGAAUGGAAACUAUACGCUACAUGUGUAAAACCGAAACACACAUGUCAAUCAUCACGUAACGUAACAGUUCUACUAGAGAAUCAUGUUCAUUGUACAUUCUGGAACUUCCUUUUUCUUUUUCCAAGGACACCUCAUAAUAACCAACCUGCAGCUAUGUUGUAUACAGCAAACAACCAAACACGGAAAACAACAUUGCCAAUACGUUCUGAGGAGUGACCAAUGGAACAAGCGGCCAAAUGCAACGCCCGGCCCCAAAAGUAGGCUCUGCGUGGGAAAAAAAAUAUGAAAAACAAAAAAUACGGCGACGCUCAGGAUGUGUGUUGACUUCUCGUACUCUUCGCUCAGGAGCGAACUCUUCUCUGCUCUUCACGCCUCACGGGCGACCUAAAUGAUGCGCAGCGACACUUUCUUGCCUUUGUUUUUUUUAAAGACAGUGUUAAAAAAGAUGGUUUGUUUUCCUUCUGAGCUGAAAUGUCUUAAACUUCUGAAAAGUAAAAACUUGCUUUGUGAACACAAGCAUAAAUGUGCACAUACGGGAAGCGGGAGGGAACUGUGAGCCCUUCUCAGUAUGCACAAGGUUCAGUGACUGCUAUCUGGCACUGAAACGAAACGUUUGAAGCAUAAGACGAGGAUUGCUGGCUUGGUAUGAAAGGACAGAAGUCUUCUGUUUUUCAUUUUGCUUUGCUCUGAUUUGAUCCGGGGAACACGAACCAGAGCACGUCGUCAUGGACCUUGUGUGUCGCUCUCGACACUGAAAAAUGUUCCUUUGCUUUGUGUUGAUACUGGCACCUGUGUAAGAACGUAGUAGUCUGGUGCGCCAAUGGAGGAGACGUUAUGGGGGAGGGACAGCUGGCAGGACGUUUGACUCUCAGAUUGGAGCACCUGCUGGGAUCAGGAUCCAAAAGAACUUGGUGCCAUCAGCCAAGACAAACUUUGCCUGUUUCGUAUCCAUUGUCUGCACUGGUUUUUUUCAAUGUUCUCUGUGCUUUUUUUUCAUACAGUCAAAAAGAAAGCUCAAAAACAAAACUAAAAAAAAGCAGAAAAAAGGGGAAAA